GCGAGCAUGGAGGUGGAGGCGGUGAGGUGCGAGUGCUGCGGCUUCACGGAGGAGUGCACGCCGGAGUACAUCGCGGCGGUGCGGGCCGAGUACAUGGGCCGCUGGGUCUGCGGGCUCUGCGCGGAGGCCGUGGGCGACGAGAUCCGCCGCGCGGGCGCCCGGGGCCAGCGCGCCAUCACCACGGCCGAGGCGCUCGACCGGCACGGCGCGUUCGCGCGGGAGGCGCCGCGCGCGCCCGGGAAGAAGGCGUCCGAGGAGCUCGUGGCGGCCGUGUCGCGCCUGCUCCGGCGCUGCCUCGACUCGCCGCCGGCGUCCCCCGCCGCGCCGCAGGGGCGCAAGGUGGCCGCGGGGCCCCGGUGCACGGACGCCGAGGAUGCGUGAUCGAUCGCCCGGCCGGAGGCGAAGGAUAGCUAGCCAGCUCGUGGUGGUUGCUGUUGCUGUUGCCAAUGAUUGGGCAAAGGCGUCAAGAAUAAUACGUACUUCGGGCGGGGGCAUGUGCCUUGCGUGGCUUGGCUGCCGUCCUGAAGAAUGAAUAAUUUGCGUCCUAGCUCAUGAUUGCUCGAGACAGGAGCCGUCAAGCUCCGUAUGAUCCAGCAUGAAGUUAUUACGUAAUGUAGCAUUUGUAGUAGUAUCCGGUUGUGUUGAGUAAGUAGUAUUAGCUCAGGCUUCGGCUACGCAUUGUAGUCACUCUGUACAAAAGUAUUGUACUGGAGUUAUGCAGGCUUCUUGUGAGGUUUUUAGACGGGAGAGCAUGUAAAGUAGUAUUGCCUUAAUUGUCUACUCCCUCCGUCUCAUAAUAUAAGAACGUUUUUUAUA